GUGUGUGGUAUUUAAAUGUGUUUUAUGUGUGUGAGACUGUCAUCAUUCUCGCAUACAACUGUCAAAAACGAUUGUUGAUUUAUUAAUUUUUAAUAAACUACGGUACUUUAUUCUACAAAAUUAUUCUAAAAUUAUUUGUUGAUCUGACUUAUUGUAAUAUAACUUUUUUUCCAAAAUGACACCACCAAUGGAAAGAAUUCAAAUUCUUGAAUCAAUUGAAAAGGAUAUAAUUGCUUGUUUACAAAAUGCUGGUCAAGCUUUUAUGGAACUCAGUAAAGAAAAGUCUAGUUUAAAACACGCUGAAAGCCACACUCAUAAUUUUUUGAAAUCUUUGAGUGCUGUGGAGUCUAAAUUGAGUGAACAGAUCAAUUAUCUCACUCAAGUAUCAACAGGUCAACCUCAUGAGGGAUCAGGUUAUGCAAGUCAAAAGGUGUUACAAAUGGCUUGGCACAGACUUGAACAUGUUCGGAGCCGUGUAAAUGAACUUGAACGAAUGCGAAAUAAACAUAAUCAAGGAAGAUCUUCAAUGAGAACUAAUCAGUCACAAAUGGUGCCCGUAAAUUCGAUGCAACAACCUCCAAUAAAUGCGACUUCUUAGUGUCAAACUUCAUCAUCUCAAUUUACAGACUCAUUAUUCGAGAAUCAUGCAAACAUUUCUCAAGUGCAAUGGCCAUCAAAUUAUUCUCAAUCAAUGAAUUUAAAUCAAGAAUUUCAACAAGUAUGUAUGGAGACUUCUAAUAUUGAUAUGGAAUUUUAAAUUUUAGGCUAUUAUAUAAACUUCAUAUAAAAAAUGAUAAGUUACUAUUUAAAAUAAAUAAUAAUUUACUAAAACUUACACAAGGGAAUGUAAUGAAUUAAAAAUAAUAUACCGAUUAUUAAUCAAACUAAGAA